GGCAGGCCGGUGAUUUUCCAUUGCCGCUGAUGUCUCUGGUCCCCCAGUUUUAAGAGACAAAGGUCAGAAAGAGAAGCUUAUAAAUAGGGUAAAAUAUAAGCUUCCGACGCGUCCACACUUCAGUCACUCUCACGGAUACGGGAGGACUCGGACAAGACUAACCGGGCAAGGGACAUUAAAAGGACAAAAUAAUAGAAAACAUCACAUCAUUGUAGCAGAAUGGCACAAAAAGAGAAACUUCAGUGUCUCAAAGAUUUCCAUAAGGACACUUUGAAGCCAUCUCCUGGUAAGAGCCCUGGCACUCGGCCUGAAGACGAGGCAGAGGGCAAGCACCCCCAGAGGGAGAAGUGGGCCAGCAAGUUGGACUUUGUCCUGUCUGUGGCUGGCGGCUUUGUGGGUUUAGGGAAUGUUUGGCGUUUCCCUUACCUCUGCUAUAAGAAUGGUGGAGGUGCGUUUCUCAUCCCCUACUUCAUUUUCCUGUUUGGCGGAGGUCUGCCAGUGUUCUUCCUGGAGGUUGCCCUUGGUCAGUUCACCUCUGAAGGUGGCAUCACCUGCUGGGAGAAGCUUUGUCCAAUCUUUACUGGUAUUGGCUAUGCCUCCAUUGUGAUUGUAUCCCUCCUGAAUAUCUACUACAUCGUCAUCCUCGCCUGGGGUCUCUACUACUUGUUCCAGUGUUUCCAGCCAGAGCUGCCCUGGGCCAAGUGCAAGCAGACCUGGAACACAGAUCAAUGCAUUGAGGACACCUACCGCAAGAACAAAUCCAUUUGGUUUGCCGCCAACGCCUCCAACUUUACCUCCCCCGUCACAGAGUUUUGGGAACAUAAUGUGCUGGGUAUCAGCAGUGGUAUCGAGGAAAUAGGCCCAGUUAAAUGGGAUUUGGCCCUGUGUUUACUCCUUGUCUGGGUCAUCUGCUUCUUUUGUAUAUGGAAGGGCGUGAAAUCCACUGGAAAGGUGGUGUACAUCACGGCCACUUUCCCAUUUGUUAUGCUUAUCGUCCUGUUGAUCCGUGGCGUAACUCUGCCAGGUGCUUCUGAGGGCAUCAAGUUCUACCUGUAUCCUGACCUCGAACGCCUCAAAGACCCAGAGGUGUGGAUUGAUGCCGGCACUCAGAUCUUCUUCUCCUAUGCCAUCUGUUUGGGCGCCAUGACGUCCUUGGGGAGCUACAACAAGUACAAAUACAACUGCUACAGGGACUGUUUGCUGCUGGGAGCCCUCAACAGUGGUACCAGUUUUGUGUCUGGCUUCGCAAUAUUUUCCGUCCUGGGCUUCAUGGCACAAGAGCAAGGGGUGGACAUUGCUGAGGUGGCAGAGUCAGGUCCAGGCCUGGCAUUCAUUGCCUACCCCAAGGCUGUUACCAUGAUGCCUUUUCCUACACUCUGGGCAAUCCUCUUCUUUAUUAUGCUGCUGCUGCUUGGCCUCGACAGUCAGUUUGUGGAGGUGGAAGGGCAGAUCACAUCACUGGUGGAUCUGUAUCCGUCCUUCCUAAGGAAGGGUUACUGCAGAGAGGUCUUCAUCGCUAUCAUCUGCUGCAUCAGCUACCUGUUUGGACUUACUAUGGUCACCAAGGGUGGCAUGUAUGUUUUCCAGCUGUUUGACUACUAUGCAGCUAGCGGUGUGUGCCUUCUGUGGGUGGCAUUCUUUGAAUGUAUAGCUGUUGCCUGGGUUUAUGGCGCUGAUAAUUUUUAUGAUGCAAUUGAGGACAUGAUUGGCUACAGACCAAAUCCUUGGAUGAAAUGGAGCUGGACUGUUGUCACUCCUUUACUGUGCAUGGGCUGCUUUAUCUUCUCUUUGGUCAAAUACAAGCCAUUGACAUACAACAAGAUGUACCAGUAUCCUGACUGGGCCAUUGGUGUAGGCUGGACUCUGGCCUUGACCUCCAUGAUCUGCAUCCCCAUGGUGGUUGUCAUCAAGAUCAUUCAGUCUGAUGGACCACUCAUUGAGAGGAUUAAGGCAGUUGCUGCCCCAGCUCGUGGAGGGGCCAGCUCCCGUCCUGCGGACCACCGUGUCCCAAGCGAGCUCACCUGCCCACUUGACCCUAAUGGUAACAAGGGGCAUCUGAUGAAGGCCCCCACCCACACCAUCGUAGAAACCAUGAUGUAAAGGGGUGAGGAGGAGGCUCUCCAUGAGAACGCUCUCUUCUCCUCUCUUGUCCUCUGAAACGCUUCUAAAGCUAGCUAGCUAUCUGUCUGUCUGUGUCUUUUUGGUGGACUGAUAAGGGUUUUAAGGAAAAAAAUGCUCACAUUUCAAAUCGUUUAGGAAUUCUUCAAAAGGUGUUUGCAGUUGAAGAAAACAAUUAUUACAAUUCAACAUUAUUUCUGAAGUGUUUUGUUUUUAUGUGACUGGUAGAGGGGGAAAUUAUGAAUGACCACUGAUCAUAAGCGGGUUGAUUGUUUCAGCAAUGACAUUCACAGAUAAUUAGCCAUUGUUCCCAAAAAAGAACAAAGUUAUGUCUCAGAUUUGUGCAGCUAUAAAAAAACUAAUUCAGUUGAGCGCUGAUUUAAUUCUGGAGUUAAAUGAGGGUUCCGACAUGUUCCAAUAAUACAGUUGUAACGCAUCAAAACUUCCAAAACCUGUUGACUUCCUGAAUAUUCUUAGUUUUACCCAAGUGUUGGGAAUUCUGAUCACACAAGAAGCUUGGUUUUUGAAAGCACCUUAGUACAAAUAUUCCCUUUCUUUCAUUUCAUCGUUUACUGUGGUUCAGAGAAGUAUGAUUCAGAAGGCAUCAGGGUAAUCUGUUCCUGCAAAGUAAGAAAAGUAUCCAAAAGGAUUUGAAGUGUGGAGUUCAAACCCUUGAGUGUGUUGUCUGUGGCGUACUGUACAGUGGUAGCUAUCAGUCUAUCUAUAUCUAUCUCUUUAUAUUUCUGUGUCCUAGACCAGUUUACAAUAUGUAAGUUACUGCAGUAGGCACUCUUGGCUUAAAGUUUUGAAUUUAAUUGGUUUCUUUCUGCAGUUACAUUAUUAUUAAUAUUAUACGUUUUUUUCCUCUGUCAAUGUUUAGAUUAUUUUAUUAUUAUUAUGGUUAUUCACUAUUGAAUUACUGUAGUUUUACAUAGAAGAAAGAACACUUCUUUCAUUUGGUGAAAAUACUAAGCUUUUAAACCAAUCACAUAUUUACAGUGGCAGCCUUUAUAGUUCAGUCGUCAUUAUAUAUCUCUUGGGCCACCUUUUUUCUGUUUUUUAGUGUAACACAAACAACUUUUAACGUAGUUAUUUUUUUCCCAAAUGUUCUCAAGUUAUGGGCCAGUUGCUUUGUGACCAUUUGGAUGUUCAGACGAAAAUGGAAAAUUGGCGGUAACUAUUCAUGUGGACUGAAGAUCAUAGCUUUUCUUCCUCGGUAGAGAUCAGGGGAUAAUAUGGACACAUUCAGUGGGGCAGGGCAUACAGGACAAAAGCCUAACCUAAUAUCUCCAGUUCAAGUCAGGUGACACACAGUCAGUUUGUUUUAUUAACAUGCAAAAGUAGGGGAGUAACAAGAUCUUGUGACACAAGACCUCAAGAUAUUAAAUGUCCCGUCGAAGUAGCGCUGCGAGGGCUUUCCAUUUGCAGUCAUCAGGACUUCAACUAGCGGAAUUGGGAUUAAAGGAGCCCAUAUUGCAGUAUUUUGGGCCACCCGUAAAAACGAUAAAUACUGACUGAGGGACAAACCAAAGACACUUAAAAUGAAUUUUUUUGUAAGAAUUAAAGUAAAGUUUAAAAAAAAUGCUCUAAACCAUGGCUAACAUAAUUGAAGUCCAAUUUUUUUUUUUUUUUUUUGUGAUACCUUUACCUUUUUGUGAAAACAAAUAGUUUCUAAAAAAUAAUAUUCAAACCUCGUCUUGAGAGUUAAAUGUUGCAACCUACCCGAGAAUUUUUUUAAUUGCCCAAGUUAGCUAAUAAAAGUUAAAAACUUGCACUUUUCUCCGUUCCUAAAGAUGUUAAAUGAUUUAGAAGAAUCAGGAGGAACGGGUCUCACAGAAGUAGGAGCUACAUAAAAUGUGUUUUCUUGUUUGAAGACCUUUUAAAAUUUAUGAAUUAAACAUAAAGUUGCUGAAAUUAUGUUAAGAGGGUGCCCUGCGAUAGGAGAAUUCCUUAGUUCUGACUGAUUUUAUGCAGUUGUGAUAUAAAAACCACAUGUAAUUUUGUAAUCGUAACAAGGGGCCAUAUUGCUGAUAAUGUAAGCUGUUAACAACAGACUAGGUAAGAAAUAGAUCCAGUCUAAUAUGUGAUGAAGGGGUUUUCCGUGUGUCUCACCAGCGACCAUCUGCUCAGGAAUUACCCUUUAAAACGUUUUUCUGCUUAAUUUUGCUUUGAAGACAUUUUGCUACUAGUUGGGAACAAAGAACUGCAGUCAUAGCAAUCAAAACUUACCUUUCUAAUGUGCUUAAAAGACAUUCACUCAGAUUGGCGCACACAGAAUCAAAAAUUACUUCUUAAUUGCCUAUUUUAUGCGUAAUGAAAGGUAAAAAUACACUGAAAUGAUGUGAGAGUUGUUAUUUGCACUUGAAAUGAAGAGGCCAAAAAUAAAAUUCUAAUUUUUUCAGGCUACUCAGAGGUGAAAACCAUUGAGGCGGGACGUUGUGUCGUACCCAAGAAUUGCCUGUAUCUGACCAAAAACUUCCCAUUAGAGGUGGCAUAGCAGCCAGAGCCUGGCUUUUUUCCCCUCUUCUUUUUACUGUAGUUUGUACCAUUAAAGGGAUUUGCUAAAACCAAAUCCACAGCCGACAUCUAUUUUCAUACAACCUUUCCUAUACGUAUUUCUACAGCUCAGCUUCCAUUUAAAUGCACAUACAAAGCUUCAGUGUAUUCAUUAAUAUUUGUACAGAUCUGGUUCUUGUUCCUCUGAAGGAUCUUUGCACAAUGAUGAAAAAUAAGAAAAACUUUAUUCAUUCACAGAUUUUCUUAAAAUCCUAAAUUUCUCCAUGGAAUGCCUUUUUUUAUAAACUGCAGUGCAAAAGCAAAAAACUCAGCUUUUAAUCUGUGUAUUUUAUUUUAUUUUUUUUACAAAUAUUUAGAAACAGCUCCUAGCUGCUUAUUUGGAAAAACAUAAAGUCAUCAGUAAUGACUUGAACUUUAAGGCUUUUCCAGGUGCUAAGGUCCUUCUUUUGUCAGGGAUUUAUUAACCAGACUAUUAACUAAUGCAGUCAUUUAUUGGUUUAUUCUGCCUCUCAGUGUAUAUUCACAGUUUGUACCAGCCCAUCAGCCUUUUGCACUCCUGUUGUCAGUUAACCUGAGUAAACCUUCCGUUGAGCUAAGCUUACAGAUUUUUUUUUGUCAGAAAUAAUGAGUUGCAACAGAACUAAAGCAUUAGUGAUACACAUGUUUUUACCACCGAAUGUUAAAAUGUGAAAGUCACCCGCAGGUGAAUUUAAAGUUUUCUGAAGAUUUAUUUUUUAGUAUAAAAAAAUAUUUCUUUCUUUUUUAUUAUUUUUUCUUCAUUCUUCUUUGAGUUCAUCAUUUUAUCUUGUUUUAAUUGUGAUCAUAUGUCAAGUUUGCCGUUUGUGCUCCAAAACUUUUCAAAAUCACUGGUCUUUGUCAGAAAUGUUGUUUAUUUUUGAUUUUAAUGUUUUUUGCUUUGUGAAAACAAGACUGAAAAUGUCAGCACCUGUUUAAAUUAGUAUGUGGAAAUGAAACUAAUAAAACCACUGUUUUAUCAAAUCAAAUAUUUUAGUUUGGAAUACACUGAAAUGACUGUAAUUGUAUUGUUUUUGUGAGACAGCAACACUGCCAGAAAGCCCACUGUUGUUUAUAGAAUAAUAUUAAAUUGGUAGCUCACCAAAAUGCUACAACCAAAGCUUUUUAUUUCUCACAGACAUCUGUGAUAUCUGCAACAUCUAACCGCUAUUUAGCGGUUAAUUUAGAUUACCGUGGUUGAACAAAACAUUUGUUAGAGUAAUAUUUGUUGCUUUUUAAAAAGCUACCAAUAGUAAAUCCACCCAAAAACGUACUAUAUCAAAUGUGGGUGCUUUUUUUUUUUUUUUAAAGCUCCUCUGCAAAUUCUGCUAACUGUCUUUUUGAAAACAAAAACAAGCCCUAGUGCUUUUUGAAAAACCUAAUUUCAGAUUUAAUUUACAUUUUGAACGAGAGACCAACAUAUCUGCAGAAUUCAGAACCUGAUUCUGUGUUCUGUCAUGAAGAAGCAGCUUUUGACCAACACACGCGAGGUUUUGGUUCCGAUUAAUCAGCUAACUCCUUUUGGCUAGAUCUGUUUCCUCGCUGCAUCUGCAAUGGACCCUAAUGACUGAAAAUAGCAGGACCUUUUCUGAUUUCUGUCCCUGACUUUAAAGUCAUUCCUCUCUGUCACCAGACUGAUCAUUGUCUCUUUUACAAAACCUUUGCCUUUCCUGCAUUACACUAUAUACCUGCCCUUCCUCUGUGAGAAUGUAAACUGUUAAAAUGUUUUUUUUUUUAUUCUUGGUGAAGAAAAAAACUUUUUUUUAAGAAUUUGGUUUUAUUUUUUAUUUCUAUUGCCAACCUGUAAGCUAAAACGUGUUGAAGCAGGUUUUACAGAACUGUAAAACAGUUUUUUAUUUCUUAAUAAAAAAUUUGUCUUCAGAAAAUGA